AUGAGAGAAAUGAGUAAUAGAUUAAAAAUUGUUAUUGGAGUCCCUGUAGCCAUCGUUAUUAUGUGUGCCAUUAUUAUUCCUGUUGUCUUGGUCGCUAAUGGCCAACGUGAAAAUAUUGGAGCUACUGAGCCAGCAACCAUAGCGACUACACAAGGCCUCACAUCGCCUACUCCAACAACUUUAAUUGUCAGUAAUUCCCCAACACGUCCAAGUGUUCAGGCUUUACAGCGUUUUGAUUGCUUUCCAGAUACGGAUAAGCAAUCCAAAGGUGUCUGUCAAGCUCGAGGAUGUAGUUGGAUUCCUAUCAAUGUCGCUAGAGCUCCAAGUUGCUUUUAUCCUCCUCAAUACCGAUCCUAUACAGCAACAGAACAAGCCGUACCUUAUGGUAAGAAAUAUAUCUUAGAGCGCAAUCCAGUCUUGCCUACCCAUUAUGGAUCGCCAAGCAAUACGAUCAAAUUAGAUAUUCAAUUUCAAGCUAGCAAUCGAUUGCGUAUCAAGACUAAAAUGCUAAUUUGUAUCCAUUUACUAGCUCACCUUUCAUUUAAUGAGAAAGAUGAAAGAAAUAGAAGGGAAUAUCAAAAGAGAGUUCCGUUCCAUAUUUGA